CCCAGGUGCCAGCCUGCAGAUGUCUUUUACUCCAAUUCCCCGAGUAGAUAAUUGUAUUCCUUCAAGGCAAUAGAGUGUGGUGGUUUCCGGAUGAAAUGUUUGCUGUUGCUUUCUUCAUCUUGUCUUUGACGACUUGCCAGCCUGGGGUAACUGCACGGGAGAAGGUGCACCAGAGAGUAAGUCGGGCUGCUACCCCUACGGCAGUCACCUGUCAGCUGAGCGACUGGUCUGAGUGGACAGAGUGCUUUCCAUGCCAGGACAAAAAGUACCGACACCGGAGCCUCUUGCAGCCGAACAAGUUUGGGGGGACCAUCUGCAGUGGUGAUAUCUGGGAUCAAGCCAGUUGUUCCAGCCCCACAGCUUGUCACAGGCAAACACAAUGUGGACAGGAUUUCCAGUGCAAGGAGACAGGUCGCUGCCUGAAACGCCACCUGGUGUGUAACGGAGACAGGGACUGCCUUGAUGGCUCUGACGAGGAGGACUGUGAAGAUGCCAGGGCCUUUGAGGAUGACUGCAGCCAGUAUGAACCGAUUCCAGGAUCGCAGAGGGCUGCGCUGGGGUACAAUAUCCUGACCCAGGAAGCAACUCAGAGUGUGUAUGAUGCCAGUUAUUACGGGGGCCAGUGCGAGAUGGUUUACAACGGGGAAUGGAGAGAACUUCGAUACGAUCCCAGCUGUGAGCGUCUCUACUACGGAGAGGAUGAGAAGUACUUCCGGAAACCCUACAACUUUCUCAAGUAUCACUUUGAAGCCCUGGCCAAUACUGGAAUGUCCUCAGAGUUGUACGACGAUGCAAAUGACCUUCUUUCUAAAGUAAAAGAUGACAAGUCGAAGUCAAGUGGCGUGACCAUUGGCAUAGGCCCAGCCGGCAGCUCUCUGAUGGCAGAAUUAGGUGUACUUGAGUCAGAAGAUUCUUCAUUCUUGAAUAAGUUAAGCAAGUAUAAUGAGAAGAAAUACAGGUUCAUGAGAAUUUUCACGAAGGUGCAGACGGCCCAUUUUAAGAUGAGGAGAGACAACAUCAUGCUGGAUGAGGGGAUGCUGCAGUCUCUGGUGGAGCUCCCGGAGCGCUACCAUUACGGCAUGUACGCCAAGUUCAUCAACGACUACGGCACCCAUUAUAUCACAUCUGGAUCCAUGGGUGGCACUUACGAAUAUAUCCUGGUUCUUGACAAUCAAAAAAUGGAGUCCCUUGGUAUCACCAGCAAUGAUAUCAAAAAGUGCUUUGGAGUCUCUCUGGGCUUUGAGUAUGAGUUUACAGAGAGCCUAGACGUCAAAGGAGACAUCAAAGGAGGCAUAUCGGGAGAUCGUUGUGAAAACUCUGGAGCUGGCAAAACUGGCAACAGCAUGCAGGCCCUGGGCGUGGAAGACAUCAUUUCUCGGGUGCAAGGUGGCAGUUCUGGCUGGGGCGGCGGCUUGACACAGAACCAGAGCAUCGUUGCGUACCGUUUCUGGGGGAGGUCGUUAAAGUAUAAUCCUGUUGUUAUCGAUUUUGAGAUGCAGCCCAUCUAUGAAGUGCUGCGACACACAAACCUGGGGCCCCUGGAGGCCAAGCGCCAGAACCUGCGCCGGGCCCUGGACCAGUACCUGACGGAGUUCAACGCCUGCCGCUGCGGGCCCUGCUUCAACAAUGGGGAGCCCAUCCUCCAGGGCACAAGCUGCAGGUGCCAGUGCCGCCAGGGCUACCUGGGCCCUGCCUGUGAGCGGACGGAGAUAGAGGGAGCCCACAUUUUGCGAGUUCUAUUCCUCACCUGCCACCCUCACAGCUCUGCCGCUUUCUCCCUGCCAUCAAGACCCUUUCUCAGAUGGGAACUGUUUCUCACCAAGAUGUGGCUGGACAAAAGAUUCAUUUAUGGAGGGACGAACUAGUCUCCUGGGGCUGCCAUAACAAAUUAUCACAAACUGGGUUGUUUGCAGGAAACCAGGAAUGUAUUGUUUCAGGUUUCUGGAAGCUAAGCAUAUUGGCUGGGUGGUUUCUUCGAGAAAUUCUGAGGGAGAAAGUGCUCCCCAUUCCUCUCUCGCAGCUUCUAGUGGUUGCCAGCAGUUUUUGGUGGUCUUGGCUUAUAAACGCAUCAUUCCGGUAUCUCUCUGCAUUUGUAUGAGAACACCCGUCAUCGCAUUACAGCCCACUCCAACCCAGCAUGACCUCGUUUUAACACAGUUUUAUCUGCAAAGACCUUAUUUUCCAAAUAAGGUCAUAUGCACAGGCAGUGGAGGUUUGGACUUGAACAUAUCUUUUGAGGAAUCAUAAUUCACCCCCCUCUAUGGGAUUAGUAGUUGUCGUUAUGGUGCAAGGAGUUGAAACUAAAAGCAGAGUUGGGUCAAGGAAAGGUUUAAAUGUACACACAGCUGAAGCAGGAACUGCCUGGCACAGGGAAGAGAGUUAUCAGACAAAGGCUGAACGCCCGUGCCUUAAAGAUGAAGGAGUCUGGGGGUGCGGACGUGAAUCUCAGCUAUUUCAGUAACUCCCCGUGAGACCCUGGCUAAUAGCAUCUGUUUUGGGGUUAGCCUUUUUACCUCAUUUUCCUUGAAGCUCUAAGAAUCUCUAUGCAUGUCCCAAUUUUCUAGACAUCCAAAACUGAUUCUAUGGUACAUGGAAUUGUGGGAAAACAUCCGGGUUACCAAAUCAACAUGGAAAUAAAUCCCAACUGGUUAAUACAAUGAACAAAAAGUACCAAAAAAAAACGUAUGGGCUUGGCGACCACAGCACAGUGGUUACAGCGCCAGCCACAUGCGCCAAGGCUGGAGGGUUCGAACCUGGUCUGGGCCAGCUAAACAACAAUGACAACUGCAACAGAAAAAUAGCCGGGCGUUGUGGCGGGUGCCUGUAGUCCCAGCUACUUGGGAGGCUGAGGCAAGAGAAUCACUUAAGCCCAAGAGUUUGAGGUUGCUGUGAGCUGUGAUGCCACAGCAUUCUAUGGAGGGUGACAUAGUGAGACUCUGUCUCAAAAAAAAAAAAACACAAAAGGGCAGUGCCUGUGGCUCAGUGGGCAGGGCGCCAGCCCCAUAUACCAAGGGUGUCAGGUUCAAACCUGGCCCCAGACUAACGGCAACAAAAAAUAGCCGGGUGUUAUGGCGGGAGCCUGUAGUCACAGCUAGUUGGGAGGCUGAGGCAAGAGAAUCGCUUAAGCCCAAGACUUUAAGGUUGCUGUGAGCUGUGAUGCCACAGCACUCUACGGAGAGUGACAUAGUGAGACUCCAUCUCAAAAAAAAAAACAAAAAACCAGUAUGGAUGGGUAAAUCUCAGGUGCUACACUUGGGUCUAUUAAACAAACUCUUGGAGCACAAGGUGGACAGGGUGAGAGCUGUGUGGCUCAAUUCAUGUGUGUGAAGAACAGGACAAGCCCUUAGACCCAAUUCACAUGGGGAUCUGACAGCGGCAAUGUUGAUACCCCCCGAGGGAAGGGCCCAGAACAAGAGUCUUCUCCGGCAUCCCAGGAGCCACGUUUCAUCAGACAUGGGCAAGACAAAGUGGGCAGCCAAGGGAAGUAGCAAGACUCAAGCCUGUAUUCCAGGAGGAAGAGCUGGAAAGAUUGCUAAUUUUUUGGCAUUGAAAAGACUUUGAACUACCAUGUGAGAAGGCAUGAGAUUUGUAUUCUGUGGGCACUGAGAUUAAGCUGUUGAACUAAUGGAAGGGAGUCUAUAGCAAAAGGAUUUUGGAUUAGGGAGGGAGGACUUUCUCAGGCUGUGGUGUGGCAGGGGAGGGGAGGGGUGGGAGACUUGUGAGAAAGCUGUAAAAGAGAUUCAUUCUCCCAAUGGGUAGCUGGGUGAGAUGGCCCUCCAGGCCCCUCCUACCCCACAAUCUCAGUCUCCGACCUAAACAACGGAUACAACCUGAUGAACAGUUGGUAGUUUGAAGCUUUAAAUAUGUAAAUUCAGCUUGGCUUGAAAGAAAUCACUGCUACCAAUUUCCUUAGAAUUCAGGAGAUAUUUUGGCCUGCAAGAUCCGGUUUAAAAAUGAGAGGAUGGUGACUUGAGUUACUCGUCCUCACUGAGAGGAGUUCUACAUGGGAGGCAGGAUAGCGUAGCUCUGGUGCCAAACAGGGCUCUGAAUCUUAGAGCUGUCAUUUCAUCUGGGCUUACCCCAUAAAAUGAGAUGAUAUGGGAAACUCUUUCAUAGGUCAGGUUGGAGAUUAAACUGGUUAACACACAUGGCAGGCUGUGUUAUAUGUCAUAAACAAAAGAAAGGACAACUCUGUGCAGAAUGUCCCAUUGGUAGAGGAUCUGUCCUGGGUUGUUCCUUGUUCAAAUCACGCCUUUGCUGACAAAGCAGUAGAAUUUGAGUCCCAGUGAACAGCCCAGUAUCUUGUAGGAGGAAUUCUGAAAGGGGUGAGCCAGGAGGGUGAGUGAAAUCCAAAGCCUUUAUGAAGAAGGAUGCUGAGAAUGAAAACUAAGGAGACCAACUACCAGGGCCAAGCCUGGCCCACGGUUUCAUCAGGUGAAUUGGAAAAGAGCCCCCACUCCGGGUUGCCCCAGGGCCCAGGCUUUCCCGACUUCCCAGGCAGGGUGUAGACUGGGUUUCUGCCCCACAUUCCCACUGGCCAGGCAGGGUUCCCAAAGUGACCAAAGGUCCAUAAACAGAAAUAAUAACUAACCCUUAUUCUGUGCCAGCCACGAUAGCAGAACUUCAUGUGUGUGAACUCAUUUAUUUCCCCAAUAACUUAUGACCUCAAUGCUUUUAUUAAUCCCAAUUUACAAACGAGGAAACAGGGGCAGAAGGAAAGUUAGAGAACUUGCACAAGGUCAUGUAGCUACAGAGGCAAAGAGCCAGCGUUUGGACUUGACAAUCUAGUGCCAGGACCCAAGUUCUGAACCAUUACUUCACUAAUUCACAUCCUAAGAGUCUGGAAAUUUAGGGAAUGAGGGUAGAGGGUCUGAGACGAUUUCUGAUAAAUAUCAUUUUUGAUGAGUGGCAGGGGGUGGUAUGAGCUAGUUCAUGGAUAUCAGCUUGGCCUGGCUUAAAGAUGUGACCCUCGCCUAGGUGAUUUAAUCGUAGCACACUUGAAGGGCCCUCAGAACCGGGGACUUGCUUGCAUCCCUGUAGACUGUGUGCUACUUAGAUGGGCUCUUCAGUGGUCCAGCACCAGGCUCAGCUGCGGCCUGCAGAGUCACUGGAGAAUGACCUAGGGGAGGGGAGGGGAGAGAAUGGAAGGGGAUGGGGGAUGCUCCCCAGGUCCCAUUCCUCCUGCACUCUGGCCCUUACAGACAGUAGGUUGCAGAAGCUCAUGGGACUCCAUUAACCUGGUUCCAAGCAAGGUGUGCACAUAAGGUUGGAGCUGUCAUUCUGGACUUUCACCCCAACAGAGGCUGAGCUGGCAAGGAAAUCUGAGGCUGGGGAGCCAGCCAGUCUCCAUGGAAACCCAGGAGAGUGCCUAGGAAUUUUCCUAGCAAACUUUUGCCUGCAAGGACAGACCUACAAGGUGGGAGAAAGAGACAGAGAGCCCUGCUGUGGCUGCCCCAUCAGGGAGAGUAAUUACAGAGCUGGAGGGGCCUUGGAGAUCAUCUAAUCCAUCCAUGUUCACACUGGUGGUGUGUGAAGUCUUGGGGUACAAGGAGCUUCCACAGUGGGGAGGGUGGACCUGACAGCCACCCAGGUUCAAACAGAACAGCUCUGCUUUCAUCUGACUUAGAUGCUGGGGUCCAUAUAAGAUUUCAUACAAGGAAAAUAGAGAUGAAAAAUGUAAUAAUUAAAAAAUCCAUUAGAUUAGUCCAUUCUUUUCUUAUUGCAGUAUGGAAAAACUCAGGCUGAGACAGAGGAUUGCUCAAAUGCACAGAGAGGUAGCAGGCCCAGACUUGGGGGAGGCCACUGGGCUGGAUGUCCAGACACAAAUGGUCAGUGCAUGUGUUCAGACGCUCCGAGCAGAGAAUCUCUCACCCACCAGGUUUUGUGGUCAGUCUGAGGGAGUCUGAUUCUCAAAUCUUCACACAACAGCCCAGCAACCCUCCCUAGAGAGGGGUCUGGUGGAGCCGGAGCUAUUUCUCUGAAUCCCCAGCUGGGCCUUGCUCCCAGGUCCCCACCCCCUGCAGGGACUCCAUGUCAUUCUUCCGAAGAGAAGCACAGCCCUGCCUUUGCAAUCCAUCUUCCAUGGAACCGUGGGUUCCAAUUUCAUGAGAUGAGUUCCCAGUGGCCCCUCCUCACUCCAUUCAGAGUUUCAAAUUAAGUGCGUGGAAGUGAGCACAGAGGUCUUGGCUGGCUACUCCCGGGCAUUUCCCUAAGGAGAGAUUGCAGACCGCUCUUGGGCCAUGGGGUGGCCCUCCCUCCUCACCGCAUGCUAACCUCCUCCUCCCCGGGG